GCACAGGCACAGGCAACGUUCGUUCCUGGCCCCCAGUUAGUCCGUGUCAGUUGAUUCCAUUUGACGCAGAGUCCAAAAAACGCAUCGCCGAGCGAUUGCAGAACGUUGCGCUUCCACUGAUUUACUCGCUGAUCGCUGAUCGCACGUCGCAGAUCGCCGAUCGUCGACUCGUUAAAUCGCGUAUAGAGCCAGAGAGUGAGAGAGAGAGAGAGAGAGAGAGAGAGAGAGAGAGGGAGAGAGACAGUGAGAGAGAGUGGGAGAGCGCACGCGCAUGUGUAUUAGACGACCUGCUGCAUGUUCUUUUUGUUUUUGCCUAGUUAGUCGCUGUCGUCGCCAUAUCAGCGAGUGCGUAAGUGGGACCGCGGACUCUCGCCGGAUCGCCGAAUGGCGUUUUUAUGGCUUAUUGAAAUCGCGACGACAGUCAAAAGCGCGCGCACCGCUCGAUACAACAGCAGCACCCGGCAGCACCCAAAGAAAAUGUAACGAGCCCCGUCGCUACCGUUAACUGCUAACUGUUAACCGUUAACCGCACUCGUCGCGUCAAGUGGAGCGCGAUAAAAGGCCAACAAUUGGAAUUAGGCCCAAAUUGCAUGCAUUGGCAGUAAAAGCCAGUAAAUUGCCAUAAAUGAAUUAGUAUUUGAAUUGGAUUCAAUAAUAAAUCAAAGCGUGGUCGUGACACGGCCAAAUCGUGACCAAUUAGUUUUUUUGUUUGUUAUUCGUUAUUAUAUUUGUACACAAAUUAAAAAGCGAUCGCGCAUUAAAAAUCGAUCCAGCAACAACGAAUCGUGCAAAUAAUUGCCGCCAGCUUAAAAGUUAAUUGUAAUCAAUGUGCAAUUGAGAAACCACCCAACUCCCACCACCCAACGCCCAGUGCCAAGUGCCUAGAAAGAAUAUAUACAACGUACAAAUAUACAAAUAUAUAUUAUUAAUUUUUUUUUUUCUGUUCUCAUUUUGUUGUUGUUGUCAAAACACGCAAACGGCAACAGCGUCAAGAAUUUUAAUUAUGAGCAAUUAUAAUCCGAAUUGCGGUUACUUUGAGGAUUGCAGCUAUUAUGCAAAUAAUGUAUAUCAACAGGAUUAUUGCAUGCAGCCGGAUUAUGAAUACAACAAACACGUCUACGACCUCUUUGAUGCCAAGGUGCCGUCCUCGCAGCGUUCCGGCUUUCAUAUAUCCGACAUACUCAAUUUGGAUGGCUCCGAGCUGAAGAGCGCUGCAGCAGCAGCGGCAGCGGCGGCGCAUCAUACGCACAGCCAUAGCGCGGAACUGGGCGCGGAGUCCAGCAAUGGUCAUGGUCAUCCGCCAGCGCCAUCAACACUGUCGCCGACGCCCAGCUCAGCACUGCCACCGCCGCCGCCGCCCAGCGGUGGGGAUGAGCAUGUGGCACCCGCAGCGCAUGGUGAUCAUGCAACCACGGAGCACAGUGCGCAGUCGGCGCACCAUCAGCAGCAGCAACACCUCCACCUUCACCAGCACCAGCAGCAACAACACCAUCAUCCCCACCUGCACCAUCAGCCGCAUCAGCCCGUUGCCCCGCUGCACUUGCCCCAUCAUCAGAGCGCUGGCGGCGCUCAGCCGCCCAUGCCCCAUAUGGGCGCCCAUGCCCAUGCCGCUUCAGCGCAGGCCGCUGCCCAUCUGCUGGCCAGUCACAAUGCAGCGGCCGCCGCGGCUGUUGCCGCCGGCCAAUAUCUGCCGAAGAACUUUGCCGGCAACUUCGGUGACGAAAUGUCCUCAUACCAUCACAUGGCCCAGACAAUGCUCUCCCACUCGGGUCGCAGUGCGUGGAUCAAGGAGAACGAAAUAUAUGGCACUCAGCAGCCGGCCAGUCCGGACAGCACCUCACCCGUCACGUCGGAGGUCUCCUACACUUAUAUAGGCUCCAAUUGCCAAACGUCGCCGGCUCUCUCCGGCGACUACAAGAGCUACAGCCGUUCGGCGGACAGCGAUGCGCUCUCCGUGGGCGAUGCGCUGCACACGUUGCAUGGUGGCGGUGCAGCCGGCGGCAGCUCUGCGGCGCAUGCGUUGCAUAACAACAACAACAACAAUAAUAACAACAAUAAUAAUAAUAAUAACAACAAUAACAAUAGCCUGAAGCAUGACGCAGGCGCCGGCAGCGGCAGCGCCCAUGACGACAGCCUGAACGAGGAUGGCAUCGAAGAGGACAUCGAUGAUGUGGACGAUGCGGACGGCAGCGGCGGCGGCGGCGUCAACGCCGACGGCAUGCCCAACAAGAAGCGCAAACGGCGCGUUCUCUUCACUAAGGCGCAAACGUACGAGCUGGAGAGGCGUUUCCGGCAGCAGCGGUAUCUAAGCGCGCCGGAGCGCGAGCACCUGGCCAGUUUGAUAAGGCUGACGCCGACGCAGGUGAAGAUCUGGUUCCAGAAUCAUCGCUACAAGACCAAGCGGGCCCAGAACGAGAAGGGCUAUGAGCAUCCGGGCCUGAUGCACGGGCAUGCCACACAUCCACAUCAUCCGUCUGCGCUGCCGUCGCCACGGCGCGUCGCAGUGCCCGUGCUGGUGCGCAAUGGCAAGCCGUGUCUGGGUGAUGGCUCCAAGCUGACGCAGGAUUGUGUGAGCACUGCCACCGCGAUGCAAAAUGCCGCCGCACAUCAUCUGGUGGCGCUGAACGGUGCCGCCGCCUAUCAGCAUGCAGCGGCUGCCGCAGCGGCUGGUCUCCACGCCCAUGCCCAUGCCCACGCCCAUCCGCAUGCGCAGCGCGCCGCCUGGUGGCCCUAAUAUUGUUAGCUGCCUAGAUUCGAGUUGGUCGAGCUGGGUGGGAGCGGCCAAAUGACUGGUAACUCGAAUACUGGACAAUAAACUCGCUGCCAAAGUCGCAGCUGUGUGACUCUGCCACAAUUUGUGGCACAUUUCGGUUGGGAAUUCGAACAAACAAACAAAAUUGGUGCAAUAAUAUAUAACAAUGGGUCGACAACAAGCAAUUGACGCACUCUCCUCUACUCCAACUCCACGUCUCCCUUCUCAAAAAAUACAAUUUAGAAAAAGCAAAAAAGCAAAAAAACAA